AUGUAUUCCAUCCAGAUAGCCCUGUACUUUCUUUCUUUAGCCUUUAGUCAUCGAUUCUUGGCACGAGCUGAUGAUGUGGUUGGUUGUGGUGGUUUUGUGCAGUCUGAAGUUGAAAUCAACUACUCCCUCGUGCAGGUAAAAUAUCGCAUAAAGACGAACCUGUCAAAAAACGAAGUCCUGGGGUAUAAGGAACGAUUUUUUUUACCGCAGUAAGAGUAGAUUUACGAAACUAUAUGAAAAAGAACCUCGAUAUGACGAAACCGAAGCAACUACAGAGUACAGGGCCAUAUUUUAAGGUUUAUAAUUUUAAACAGAAGUGGCUCGGUGACUUGAUAUAUAGUCAUGCAUGACAAGUGUUUAAAGAACGAGAAAGUUAUAAGACAUAUAAGCUUAACUAUGAGACAGAUAUAUAAAAAAAAAUACGUAAAGUGCAAAAUUUAAAGAGCAAGUAAAGGUAUAUAUUUUUGUGGCUCGGUGGCUUGAUGGCUUGGUAGUCAAGUUUAGCAUCUUAAAGAACGAGAAAGGUAUAUAUUUCAGUGGCUUGGCUGCUUGGUGGCUCUUCAGUCGGGUUACAUAGUUUAGUGGCUUGACAUUUUAGUGGCUCGUGAGUCAAGACUACCGAGCCGAGCCUCCGAGCUGCCCCAACGGAUAUACCCAGAAAAUUUGCCUGGCUGUAUUCUCGUUAUAGCAAACAAAAUGUUGCCAAUCCCUUGUGCCUUUGUUAUAUCAUGGUUCCACUGUGCAGAGCUUAACAGAGUUUUGUCAUCAUUAAAUUUAACCUAAUUGGUCUUGUCUUAUUGUAUGUGAUGGAUGCCGAUUGCUUUUCAUCUCUUGAUCUUAAUUUGGCAUUUUAUUAAACACCGUGCAAGAAAACAUCUACGGUCCAUUCAUGCGUUCAGUAUGUAAUUUUUCCACUGUUUAGAACAUUAGCAUUCAAAGACCCCCAUUUGAAGAUUUACAAUGUAGGAAAUUCUGGGAUUGGGGGACUUCAGAGAUUUUUAUAUAGGGGAGCAGCCAAGUUGGUACCUUUGUUUUCUUUAAGAGAUCUCCUUUUUUUCUGGAGGGGGACACUUUGAUUUUCUAUAAUUUCUGGGAGAGGGGUUGCAGAGUUUAAAUAGAGGGGUCCAAUUACAUUUGAAGCAUAAAUCUUGUUAAUAAUACAUGUAGAAAGGCCAGAGUUAUAUACACUGUACAGUGAAACCUCGUUAUAGUGAAUAUAUACGAGUUGUAGUUAAUUUUUUAUCUCAGGUAAUUUUUGUUCUUCUUUUGUUUUUGGGCAUGGUAAUGUAUGCUAAUGAAGUCGAAACAAAAGAAAAAUAAAAAUUACCUGAAAAAAAAAAAUAAAAUAACUACAACAUAUAUAUUUCCAGUCCUUUGGCCGUUUGUAAACAUUUUGAGUCACUGAGAUAAAGUACAUCCUCGAAGACCCAGGGGCAGACAGUGGGGGCGAGAGAAAGUCUAAACGGGCGGGAAAAUAUGGCACAAAGAAAAGAAAAGAACGGGGAGAACAGCCCCUGGGGACAAUGUCUUACCAGACCAGUUCCCAACGGUCGCUGCCGUUCUGCCUUCCGAUUGGGCAGAAAAACACAAAAGUUUUCUGGCACUGAUCAGAAGCCAGAAUGACCACGACAGUUUGGAACUGGUCUGGUAAGACAUUUUCCCCAGGGGCUCUUCUCACCGUUCUUUUCUUUUCUUCAUGCCAUAUUUUCCCGCCCGUUUAGACUUUCUCUCUCCCCCACUAUCUGCCCCUGGGUCUCCGAGGAUGGAUAAAGUAUGACGAAAAUUCAGGCUUGAACUGGACAUGGCUCUGCAGUCUGUAACUGGCACAGCUGUUUAACUUACUAAGCUAUCCAGCUCAAAUGGUAGCUGGUAUGAUCCUGCAGAUUUGUAAUAUUAUACCUGUGAAGGAUGACUGUGCACAAAAGAAAAUGACUUAACAAGUGCAUUGUGAAAUUUAUGCACUACAGUGGGCCUCGAAUAAAGUCUAGUCCCAGAAAAAAGUUUCUUGUCAGGCAAGUAACUUUUAGAGCCCACUUGCCCAGUGGACUAGGGUCCAAGCAAGUCAUAUCGUAACUAAAUCAUUAUAAAUGUAAGACUAGUAAUAACCAAAGGUUAGGGAGUGGAGGCAACAACGAUUGGAGGUCCAAACGCUUUUGUUUCAAUGCUGUGCUUUGCAUAAGUUUCAUUUGACCAAAGAUCAAAACACACGUGAUCAGAGUAGAAGGGGUAGAAGUGAAGAAAUUGCAUUUUGUGCAUUCCAUUCAUACUUAGUGGAAUUCCCAACAAAUCCUGGCUACAUACAUGUACAUGCGGCGCAUGCGUAAUCAAAACCUGGAGAUUAGGAUUGUGGGCUCCUCUUGUUGCCCACAAUGAGAAAGAAGUGGCCCCAGAUAAGGAAAAUGGGAGAGUUGCUUGCCCAAAGGAGAAGCUAUCAUUCAAGUUUUUUUUUUUACGAGGCCUGUCCCGAAUUUUUUGCACUGCAGAAUAAAGAUUUAAAGAAAGACCAUCACGCACAUUGGUGGUCUGUUUAGUACAUGUAUUAAAUCUUUUAAAAUAUUCUGUCUUUAUUUUUUCAAGCAAUUUUGAGUCUCUCUGAAGCUGUAAGUUAUUCUUUUCAAACUAUGUUUAAUAUUGGACAACAUCAUUCACCUUAAAAUUAAUUUUGUUAUUUAAACAGAUGAAGCUGCUUACCAAGCAAGGUAUAAUCAAGUCUCAGACCGAAUGUGCCCCAAAUAAUGGAUACUUCCUUAUUCCACUUUAUGAUAAGGUACUGACGUGUGAUGUAUGUCAAAAUUUUGUUACUUUAGUUUGUUUACUGGGUAUACAGUAAAUAAUGGUCUCUUAUAAGCUCUGGACUUACACCCAAUACAAAACUACACUGUGUGAAUCUUAAAGUUUGGUUUUUUAUUGUGAUUGUUUUAGGGGACAUUUGUUUUAAAGAUUGAGCCACCAGUUGGAUGGAGCUUUGGUAAGAAAAAAUAGAAUAAAGAUUAAUUUUCAUUAUUUUAUUAUUUUGAUAUGAUACUUUAUAGCAAAGUGGUUUUUAAGCAGCUUUUUUGUUUUUUGGAUCAAUUGAGGAUUCUGAGUAUCUGACCACCUACCCCUCCCCUCAGUCUCAAUUUUGCCCUAAGCUCGCGAGAAGUAAAUGUUCAUGUUGACUGAGGGGAGGAGUAGGUGGUCAGUUACCCAGAAACCUCAGUUGAUCCUUUUUUACUGUUAAUGAUUUGAUUUUUUUCUGUGCAGAUCCAAGCAGUGUUGAGUUGAACAUUGAUGGUAGCACAGACAAGUGCAGCAAAGGAGAAGACAUUAACUUUAUUUUUACUGGGUUCACACUAUCUGGAAAGGUAAGUUUUGCCCCUUUCAAUUCCCUUUUCACUCAGCAUGGGGAGUUUAAGUCAUGCAUGACUUUCUUGUGCAUGAUUACGCUCAGAAAAAAAAAAAAGGGUAGCUCUUUUUUUCCCCAUCAUUCAAGAUCAGCAAUGUAACUGGCCUUCUCUAUCAAGAUAGAUUUUUGAGAUCCUAAAAUUUACUACCAUGGUAACAUGACAUCACACUUAGAACUCCUCUCUAUUUAAUUCCAUGGUAUCCUAAUAUUUUUGCAAAAAGUACAUCACAUGACUGCGAGCUGAAAAAGGGACUGUAAUGUGCUUUCUGUCCUGGUCAUGCAACAUGGUAGAACUGGUUUAUCAUGGUAGACACAUUAUGAUAAUAUUAUUAUUUCAAUAGUUUGAUAUCACUUGUAUAUUUUACUUGAAUGUGUUAAUUAAUGUAUGGAAAAUUACACAAUGUAAUAAACUAAUUACUUGCAACCAUGAAUUCUUACGUUGAUUUUCUCAAUUUUUUUUUGAACCAGGUAAUCAGUAAAGGAAGAGAAAUUGGCCCAGCAGGAGUAGAAAUUUCACUUCAUGUAACUUCAGGUUAAUAAAAGAAGUUUUUUAAUUGAAUUUGAUUAAUCUAGAUAUAAUUACAACAGCCUCAUUUUGGUCUACAGGUCUACGCUUUAACAGUGCACAUGUACGUUGUAGUAUGUGGCAGUUUUCACCCUACAAACUUAAAAGUUGAAGGCCAGCUUGAACUUUCUUGUCCUUUUUAGGUGACAAGGAAAGAAAGACUGUUACAACUGAAGGAGGAUUGUAAGUAAAGAAUUAACAGUAGUAAAACUGUUUUUGAGGCAAAUGAUUAUUCAAACCUGAGGUACGGACAAUGUUUUCAUCAGAUAUUUAGACACACAAAAAGCAGCCUGCAAGCAGAACCUGAUCCUUUUGACUACACCUUGAUUGAGGAUGAGAAACGGAGGCUCUGCCUGAAUUGCAUCAAGCUUUUGAAGUGGCCACAGCCCAGACUUAUGGACUAGUUGAUCUUGUUUUUACUUGUCAAACUGGGUUUUUGAGUGAAAGCAUACAUAAAAAAAUCCAAUGAUCAUAACUGAGCUUUCUGUACCAAGCAUAUGGCUAUUAGGCUUGGGAGUAACAUGGCCAAGCAGUUAGGUGCAUUUAGCGUGUUGGACUUGCCAAUUGGAGGCUCCAAGUCCCACCCUAACUGCUGGCUGGAUUUUUGUCUCUCUGAGCCUGAGUUUAAAUUCUUGGUCUUACUGGUACGUUUGUAAAUAGCUUGCCAGUUGCCCCCUGUCAGAUACAGUGUAGGAUAGAUGUUAUAUAUUUACAUUAUAAUUUAAAAUGAACAAUAAUUAAUUUAUGUUUUUAUGAAUAAUAUUAAUCUAUGUAAUUUCAAUCAGUGAAUUUCCUGGCCCUACUAGGCUUUUCAUACUGCCAGGGCAAAUGAAGUUUCAUUGUAAUAAUAACAUAUUGAAGAGUCUAAGCACUAAUUACACCUGUCCAAUGAUUCACAAUAAAAUCUUAGUUCUGCUGUUGUUUUUCUUGACAGUUUCAGUUUUGCCCGUGUCAUGCCUGGAAAAUACCAAGUGAAAGCCUCUCAUGCCUCUUGGAAUUUUGAAAAUGUGAGUUAAUUGGCAAAGGAGUAAAAUCAUGGUAUCAAUAUUUAAACAAGAUAUUAUUACAUGUAUAUUAACAUUGUAGGAUGAUCUAAAUCUCUGUGAUCACUUGGAUCGUACAUGCAUGUAGCACAUCUAAAGAACCAACGAAUCCACCCUAGGAAAGGAUUCAUUGGUUCAUUAUUUUGAUGUACCAUUAUAUAUCUGGGUGAUCUUGGUUCACUGCUACCAAUAUAAUAUUAUUUAAUAAUGGUAACCCAUUAAGAAUAAUGGUGUGAUUAUUGUCCUUGAAUUACAUGUACCAUGUUCAGCUCACAAUUGCUUGUGUUUUCACAGGCUGAAACAGAAGUUGUAGUGAAGUCUGGCAAUGUCAAUGUUGUUGACAAGAUGAUAGUGUCAGGGUAUGAUGUCAAGGUUGGUCAGAACUCAAUCUGUUGAUUAGUCACUUUCAUUUAUUGUACUCCCUUUUUGCAAUCUGCUUACCCUACCCAUCUGUUUCCACUUAGAUCACACAAUAUAAGAUAAUUAUUAUUCUACACAGAUUGCUUUUUCCGCAUACUGAAUUGUGUAUUAUCUGCAAAGUUUUUCAAGACAAAUUGGCAAAGAAAUAUUCCUACUCUACAAUUUAAAUUUUUUGGGCAUCACCAAUUUUAUUUUGACUUUUAACUCAGGGCCAUGUUUUAAGUGAUGGUGAACCUAUCCAAGAUGUGGGCUUCCUGUUGUUUUCCAAAACCGUCACUCAGAAGGUAUGUUAACGUCAGUGAAAGCAAAGAACUUACACAUGUACAUGUGAGAUAAUAUAGAUCUGCAUCUUAUGAAUGAGGAAGGUUUUGUCUGUCUCAUUCUUACCUUUGGUGGGGAAGCACUUCUCAGCCUUUGGCUUUGGCAGACAACCGUCUCCUUGAUCUGCAUUGUAUUUCUUUAUAUCAUACUCAGCCUUGUCCAGUAACAUAUUCCCUGUUAAUUAUUAAUUUUAGUGUUAAGACAGGGGACAAAUAUAUUUAGUAAUAAAAAAAGAAUUUAUUUAGUGGUUACAGGCUGGGGUGUAUUCCUAUCAGAAAUAUUGUGCUAUUGAUUUUUAGUAAGUACCACCUAACCUGUACUAAAUACUCGCUACUUGAAAGUUUAAAAAAAUUGUAGCUGUAUAACAUUAAUUAAUUGUUAACUGCUGCAGUGUCCAUUUAAGCACAUAUGUGUGUUUUGUGUGUUUGUAUUUACUGUGGUUCAAUUUUAUCCUUGGUUUAAAUUAAAUUUUCUUUUGUAUCAAUCUCAUCAUGAUUUAUUUCCUUACCUAAACACAAAGGAAAAUAACAUUGAAACCAAGAAUUUUUUGAGCCACAACAUACAUGGUACUGUAGACUUCUUGUUUCACUUUUUGUCAACUCGAAGAACUUGCCAGGCUGUCAAGAAAUUCCCAGUGAUGUAAUAGAGAACAUCAAGAAGAAAACAGACAUUGAUACACCCUUGUGUCGCGUCAAGUCAGGAGUGGAUGGAUUGUUUGUAUUUCCAAGUGUACCAAGUGGCGAGUACACAUUGGUGAGUAUUUGACAUUUCUUUCAGGAAAUUAACAUGUCAUGUGUACCCACAAAGAAACAAAACCUGUUGAGACAACAGAAAUGAACCAAAUGCGAAAUGAACCGUGAUCAGGGCUACAACCUUACCCCAAUUUAUGGACAGCAUGCAAAGAAAGUAGUGUCCGAUAGCCCGGGGCUAGUGGAUUUUGCUAUCGCGCUAGUGAAUUCUGUUUUUAACUUGCCCGAUGGGCAAGUGAUAUUUUUUGAAAAAUUCAAAUAACAGAAGAACUGUGAAGUCAAUUCUUCUCGUCAAAAAGCUUUUGGGGCUAGUUGAAAUGACGUCUGGGCUAGUAAAUGCUAGCUUCAGCUUGCCCGAAUGGCAAGCUGUAAAAAUGAUUUUCUUUGCACCCUGAUGGAACAAUAAAUAUUUUCCAGCCUCAUUAUUUUCUCUGUAAUGUACCCCAACUGCAGAAUCUUCACUCUGUCAAACAGAGACAAAGUUAAACGUAUAAUCUGAAAUGGAAACUUCGUCUGUGGUGCUUUCCCUAACAUCCAAAGAACAUCAAGCUAAAAUUCUGGCCACUUGGAGGGUUCUUCACAGUUUCACUGUUACUGGCAGAUCUCCACCCUUAAUACUCCUCUUUCUUAGGUGUCAAGAAGGUCAGAAUAUACCCAAAUGGAAAUAAAGGUCUCAUGAAUGAGCGUUCCACUUAUAAAUUAAUGGUGUGGAAAUUAAUUUUCAAGAAAUUAACGCAACUUACAUUGAGAUGAAUUUUUGAAAUUCAUGUUAAUUUCAUGUAGUGGUAAUUUCCUAUUAAAUGGUAUUUAAUACAUAAUUAUUAUUAUUGAUGCAAGACACUUUUAGUAUCUGCUUAGCAUUCUAAUAAUUAUGAAGUGAGUUAAGUGAUCAGGGCUGUCAUAGGCAUAACCCCCAGCCUUUUGAAACACUAGGAAAAUAUGAAAAGCAAAAUUAUUUUUAACAGUUCAAUUCCCCACUUACUAAUUGCAUCUGCUUGGCAACUUGAAAUCAUAGUGAUAGGCCCUGAGUGAUGAAGUGAAAUCAUUUUUUCACAUGGGUAUUAUUUCACAUAAUAUAUUAAUCAAUUAAUGGUAUACAGGAUACUAUUUAUUUUUUAAUUAACAUCUGUUAAGCAUUCUAAUAUGAUGUGAAUUUGAAGCUCACAACCCUUAUGUUCAGCCAAGUAACUUUCACAAUUAAAUAAUUUUAAGUACUUUAUUUCCCUUUUGUUUGUUCCAGGUUCCAUAUUAUCAAGGGGAGCUUAUUACAUUUGACGUUGUUCCUUCCAAACUGACAUUCUCUGUCAAUUACAAAAGUGUUGUACUCAAGGCAAGUAAGAGAUAAUAUAAUUCACCAUGAAUCAUACUGCAGAGUCAGCUGAUCGGCAAUGUUUAUCUCUGCUGUUAAAAAGCCUAUUUUGAACUUGUGCAAUCAUGUAAUGUUAGAGCCAAAUUUUCCAGAACUAUAGUUUAGUUCAGCAAGUAUAUUAAUUUGUCUUAUGUAUAAGAAUUUUAAGAAAUAGUUAAGUAAAUAUAAUUAAUCUUUAUCAUCCUCAUCAUCAUCACUUGCAAUGUAAAAACUCAUGCUGAGAGUUUGAGAUGGGUGUGGUGUCUUACAUAUGUAUGUGUCAUACUUCCUGAUCAGCCAGCUGACUAGCGAGCUCUUUGCUAGACUCUGCCUCUGUUUCUUUGCGGGUAUCCAAAAUUUUAAGUAAAGGAACGUUCAAUACAAAAGAACUAGUAAUCAACAAAAGUGCUGUCUUUUGAUAUUAGUUCAGUCUCCAAAAAGUUUCUGGCCUGGCCCUUCAUCAGUGGGGUUUCAAGUAAUUUUGUCUGCCAUGUGUUGGGUUCCCCUGCAAUAAUAUUAUACCAUUAUCUAAGGGACGGACCAUUAGAAAAGUUAUUGUGGGGGUGGGGAAUUUUCGAGCCGCAGGAAUUUUUUUUUUGUUAUCAAAUUCCUGGUAUGAAUUUUUUUUUAGGCCAUAGCAUGAAUAUUUUUUAGGGUUAAUUGGCGUGUAUGAAUUUUUUUUCAUUUAAUUUUCCCUUGCGCGAAUGUUUUUUUUGUACUUCGCUCGCCUCCCCCCAUAAGUUUUCUAAUGGUCCGUCCCUAAGUCACUGGCAGGCAGUUCAGGGUGCUGUUGAUAAUGCCUCCUGUCUACCUGCUGCAUACUUGUAAGAUGUUCCUUCACCUCACAUGUAAUUUUGUGACAAUAGUGUAGGUAAAGAAGGGUGUUUGGCUUAUACAGCAUAGCCAUUUCUUUUUACGUGUGUAAGUUUGUUGUCACAGGAGAAUUAAUUUGUUUUUCAUAGACUCCUUUUCAAGUCCAUGGAUUUUCAGUCACUGGCCAUAUUCUUACACCUGAGGUAAAAUAAUAGGUAAUUAAAGUUACAGUUUUAGCGGACAAAGUUGUCCUUGACCAUUAAAACUGAUGAUGUCACAAGCGGUAUCCGCACGGGCGGUUUCGGGCUCGCGGCUCAAGGGCGAAUGGGUUAAUUUAUAUUUUCUGUUGUUUUUAGCCACUUAUGGCAGUGUAUAAUAAUUAAAUAAUAGAUAAAUAAAUAAAUAACGAUUUUGAGGUAGCACAUCUACAAAGUGAUUCUUCGUCUACCUGAUUUCUGGUCGAAUUGGAAUUUGGAAAUGUUGGUUUUUGAGGAGAGGGGAACACCGGAUUUCUCGGAGAAAACCCUCACGGAGCAAAGGAGAGAACCAACAACAAACUCAACCCAUAUUAUGGCGUCGACGCCGGGAUUUGAACCCGGGCCACAUUGGUGGGAGGCGAGCGCCCUCACCACUGUGCCAUCGCUAGCUCCCUAAUGAAGCAAUGGCAAAUAGAGUUUGAACCAAGGGUGAAAUUGAGCCAAAUCAUUUAUAUUUUACAUUUUAGGGCCAAGGCAUUGGAGGUGUCAGCAUUUCUGCUGGGGAGGGAUUGACUGCGACAACAACUGCAGAAGGUGUUUAUGUAUUAAACAACGUCACAGCUGGAGGAUACACAAUUCAGGUAAGAAUCUUCUCAAAAUAGGUUUUCAUGGCGUGAAGAGGCUAAUUAAAAUCUCUGUGAAGGUCUAAAUCGAAAUCUGGGUUACUUACCUGGAAAUCCAGGAUGGAAAAUCUAACAUUUCGCACCCCUCCGUUUGGAAAGUUUCAGAAAACAUGGGCUUCGUUUUGAGACAAUGCGGUUUUUGCUCUUUAGUCCGUUUAGCUGAUUUGGGUAUAAUUUGUAGCGGUUCGUUUUGCCAUCACGUCAAAUUUUAUAGUUUUAUGUUUCUGUACACGAUUUUCACCCGGAUGGUUUGUGUAAAUGAUAAGCAUGUACCCCUGAAUCGUUACUGUGCCUUUGCUGCAUCCCCAAUACUGCUGCCGGUUUCGAAAAACAAGCGACCUGCGUUGUCUAAAAGAGAAGUAAUGAUUAGAUGCCAUGGUAACGGUCGUCAUGGCAUGAAGAAGCUAAAGCUUUGUUAAGUGCUGAGGUCUAAUUCGAAAUCUUAUUCCUACUGUACCUUUGUUAUAACCCCAAUACAGCUGCCGGUUUCGGAAAACAUGCGACCCGCCUUGUCUAAAACGUUUUAGGAUUUUCGGUCUUCCUUCCACGUCAAUCAACUUCAACUUUAAUAGAAAUAGUAAUUACAAUAGAAUUAAUCAAUCAAAAAUACAUUUCCUUCAUCUCAAAGGUUUCGCAAAGCCUUCGUCAUGCCGGAGAAAUUUGAUAAGGGUUAGGGCAGAAAUCAAAAUUGCUGCCAUGGUAAACAAGGUUUUGAUUGAUGUCGCAGGAAUUUUCGCAGGAAACCCGAAAAUUCAAAAUGCUUUUUGACAUUGCCGGUCGCUUGUUAUCUAAAAAAAAAAGCUGUAAGCAAUAUUAUAUUUCUAUUGUUUAGGCAAAUAAAGAGAACUACUUCUUCAAUCCAAUAAAAGUCCAAGUUACUCCUAAUACUCCCAGACUGCCAGUCAUCUCACCUUUUGCGUAAGUAUAAGACAUAAUUUUGACUGCAUUCGUUACUUAACUACUUCUUAAGUUCAAAUUCCACUUCCACAAUAAACAAAAUGGGAACCUCUCUUGCCGUUGAUGGAAGUUGAGCUAUCGCCACAACAACUUCCACUGAUGUAGCAGUUUCUUAUUUGGUUAUUACAGGUGACAAGAAGAGCCCGCAAUCCUAAUCUCCAGGGCCAAGUUGUUCAAAGCUGGGUUAAGAUAACCCAGGGUUAGUGCGAGAUUUGAAUUCAGAUUUGAAAGCUUAAAAAGCAGUUCAGUCUUAAUUCGUUUGGUCUACAAGUUGAUAAUUGGAAGCUCUAAAAAUAACAGAGAAAAUUAUCCGAGAAAAUGCUUUUGAACACAAGAAAAAGAAACCCGGGUUAAAUCUAACCCCGGGUUAGCGCUGACCGGCGUUUGAACAACCGGGCCUUGGUUGUAUUACGUAUGCACCGCAUGUAUGUAGCCUGCUUCGUUUGGACGGCCUACACUUAUUUCCAUCCGCCAAACUGACGUUGACACAUUAAUGAUUCGUACACAAAGUAGGGUUAGGGUUAGGGUUUGGGUUAGGGUUAGGGUUAGGGUUAUAUAUUUCAAUCAAACAGGUAGUCGUCACCAAAUCCUCGGUGGUGUAGGGGUGAGAGUGAUGCACUCCAGAUCGGGUGCUCUGAGUUCGAAUCCUACUCAUUCUUUCCUGAAUUGUUUUUUUCCUUAAAAAUUGAAGACACUUUGACUUUUAUGAACAUUUCAUCAAGAAAUUUUAUAUAAGAAAAGUGAAAUGUCUUGUGAGAGGAGGAUGUCAGUUUGGUGGAUGGAAUCAAGUGACGACCCGUUUGGACUUCCACUAAGAAUGAAUGGAAUGCAUCGAGCGCAAUCUGAUCACGCGCGUUUAGAACUUCUAUCGCUCGUAACUAAUCACGGACGGCAUUUGAGCAAAAGCGUUUUGACCUUCCAUCGUUGUCGCCCGCACUCCGUAAUUUUAGUUAUUACUAGUUUCAGGAAGCGUUUGUUUAGUAUUUAGUGUUAAUUGGUGUAUAGCGUAGCAAGUGUGUUGUUAAUUCCAGGUGGCGUUGCCUAGUGUUGUGCAUUGUGUAGCGCAGAAAUGACGUUUUGAGUAGUGUGGUCACUUUCGUAGUUUGUGUUUUGUUUCUUUCUGUUCUGAUAUGUCACGUUUUUUUAUUGUUGCAGAAAAAAAAACUUAUAAUAAUAAUAACAAAAAAUAAGGCUGCAGGUUAAAAAUAAAAAAAAACUCUAUUUAUCUUAAUUUUCAAUGUUUUAGGUACCAUUUAUGUGGAAAACUUAAGUUCGAUGAGUUUCCACCAGGAGUUACUCAGGUAAAGUGUUUUUUUUUGUUUGUUUUUUGUUUUUGUUUUGUUUUUUUGGGGGGGGGGGAUUGUUUCUAUGUAGAUAUGCUUUGAUACAUGUUUAAAGAUACCAUAUUGUUGCAAUGUACUUCUUUUCCCGAAAUUUCCUUUUCGUGGUUUUCAGCAAUUUUAAAAAAAAUGUGACCCACGAAUCUCAAAAAUUAACCACACGACCUUUAAUACCCAUGAGCACAUGGUGCAACCAAGUAUUGUUUACUUCAAUUCCUAGAACACAAGCUGCGGGGGUUAUUUUAUGGUUGCAAAAAUUUCUACUGUCGAACUGUUCAGUCAGUCAACCAUUUCUAUGCAAUAUGAUUACUUUGACACAUGAACUCUUCUGCUCCCCGAGUGAAUGAUAGAGUAUUGUGAGGUUGCUUUUACUUCUGUGAACGAGAUCCUUCAAUUGCCGAAACCUCAGUACUUUCACACGGUACUUUUUUUGUUUUUUAGCAUUUACAUAAUGAAAUUUAAAAUUUUGAUGUAUUUAAGGUGACUCGACCCAGUUUUUUGGGGGGCGUACCAUCCUACUUUGAAAUUCUCUGGUAUCCCCACCUUUACUUUUAUCGUAAGUCUAACACAUAGAAUGGAUAACAUAUAGAUCAUUCUACAAUAUAACAUAAAAUUUUGGGCGAUCGGAGUAAAUGUCACGUGGUUAUAAUGCCACGCCCCUUUGAGGUCUGAGUUGAAAAUCUGCUGUUGCCGGCAUUUUUUCGUGAAAAUCUCUCGUCUACACAUAGUGCGCAUUAGUGCCUUGCGCUGAACAGAGUUUCACCAAAAUCGCAAAGACCCAAUUCGAGAAAUUCAGCGGUUUCCAAAUUUAGGUCAUAAUUUAUGCGAAAAUGAUAAGCAAACUUUACACGAUUAUAUCUAAUAAACUAUGAGAUUCAUCCCUUUAUUUUGGGCAUCGUUAUAACAGAUAGGUCCUUGCAAGUCAGCAAAACGCUUUAGGGCCUUGUAAAUGCGCGCGAUUUCGAGCAAAGCAAACAUAUAGAAAUUAUAGUUUUCGCUAUUUGUUGACGUUUGUCAGCGUUUAAGAGUCCUUCUCACGAAAAAAGCAUUUUCUUAAAAAUUCGUAGUUUUUUUUCCUUCAAAUUUUUUCAGGGCCACAAUUGAUUAACUAACUACCCGGAUUCUGUAUUUCAUGGUCAUUGAAUGAGAUGACUGCCGACUAUCUAACAUCUAAAUUUGUAUCUCAUGACGAAAUAACUUCCUAUCGAUUGAGGAAUACUGAAAAUAAAUUAGUCCUUCCACUGCCCCGUACCAAUUAUUUAAAGAAAAGUUUCUCCUAUAGCGGAGCUAAGCUGUGGAACAGCCUAUCCCAUGAGUUAAGAUCUGCAGAUUCUUUACGUGUUUAAAUAAAGUUAUCCAUCUAUAUAUCUAUCUAUCUAUCUAUAUAUCUAUCUAUCUAUCUAUCUGUCUGUCUGUCUGUCUGUCUGUCUGUCUGUCUGUCUGUCUGUCUGUCUAUCUGUUUCAUCACCAGAUGAAGCACUGAGAAAAGAGUUGAAAAUACGAUGCGCAGCGGAGUAUUUUUGACGAACUUCGAGGUGUUUCAUCUGGUGUUCCCCGGGGUACCAGAGGUUUUUCUCGCGUGCGGCGGGAAUUUUCGGUGUUGGCCGAAGGCCGACACAUCUUCGGCCGUAGGCCGUAGGCGCGGGUCACUAUAAAGACUUGACAGAAACCGGAAACCGCGCUAGAAAAGUCUCUGGCACCCAGGGUAAUCUGGUGUUGAAACGCUGUGUUGAAUGCUUGAUAUUACUUCUCAAACAAAAUUAAGAGAGAAGAGAAGCUUGUUUGCAAAGUUGUUUUCUCUUUAUAAACGUACUAGAAAGUCCGAUCUAACUCACUAUUACAAUGUACCUUUCUGUAUUUUUUCGUCCUUCAUGCAAGCCUAUCUCUUUGCUAUCAACAUGCCAUUAUAACUUGUUUCUAUUGUUUCACAGUUAAAGGGUCGUAAGAUGAUUCUGCAGACAGAGGGAGCAUCAAUAGCAACACGAUCAAUGUCGACUUCAGUUGAUGCAAACGGCGCCUUUUGCUUUAAAGUUGCAGCAGGAGUUCAUUCCAUUCAGGUAGUCAAAUCUUGUCACUGAUAUUUUUACUCACAGUGCAUUAAUUUGAAGUUGUAAGUGAUAAAGCUCAUAAAAUAAGACGAAACAAUGAUCAAAAAAUAUAUUAAACGUGAAAGUGUCUUCAUAUGCAAGAUGAUAAACAUUUUUACAGAAUUUAAGGGUGCUCUUAUAUUUGCAGGAACUAAAUUUUGCGUUUUUUUGUGACUGGUCAGCAAAUUGCAAACUUUAGUUGCCGCAAUAAUUUGUGCUCGCGAAAUUCGCCCUAUUUUGCAUCCAAAUCUUGUAGUUGCAGUUUCCAAAAUUGCACAAUUUUAGCACCGCAAGCAAUGGUAUGCUCACGGUACUCUCUUUUGAAACCCCUGUCCACUUCUCCUACUCUUUGCUUUAUAAAGCCCAUGCAUAUUACAUCCACGUACCUGCCCAAAGAAGACGAGGCAUUCAAUUUGAAUAGUUUUUUGAGGAUUUAGUCAGUCGUAUAUUGCAGUGUGUAAGCGCCGCGGUGCUUAUUAAAUCUUUCACGCCUCAAAUGCUGCGCUCAUUCGAGGGCAGCGCUUAUUUGAGGGCGGCGUUAAUUUGAAGGUUGGACGCGGCAAAGAAUUGUAGAAAAAACGGUAUUGUUAUUUUCCGUAUUAAAGUAACAGAAUUGACGUCUUUUGAUUUUGAUCAUAUCAGGGCCGCGGUGCUUAUUCGGAGGCGGCGCUUUUUUUUUCCAAAUGCGGCGCUUUAUCGGAGGCGGCGCUAUACGGUACAUGUAAAACUUGUGCUGCGCGGCGCCAGAUGCAGAAAAGAAGCUAAAUGAGAAAAAAAAAAUCUGCGUCAACGCUAAUUCCUGAUGAGUUAUAAGGGGUAAGGAAGCGAAUGACACAGAAACUGACGUUGUAGUUCGAAAUCGAAUUCAGGUCAAAAACUCUAAUUGGUGGAAAUCAUGAUUAAUAAGGGUUAGGAGACAAAGGAAAUUGAGAGCCAAUUGUGGUUGAAUUCAUGGACCUGAAUUUCAUUUCGAACUACAACAUUUAUUUUAGAGUACUUCGCUUCCACGUUACCCUGGGUGCUAGAGGCUUUUCAUGCACGGUUUCCUUUUUCGGUCAAGUCGUGUCUUCGGCGAACUCGUGUCGGCCUGCGGCCGACGAUACGAAGCUCCUCGUCGCACGCGAGAAAAAACCUCUGGUACCCAGGGUACUUCCACGUCUCUCAUUCGUCAGAAACUACAUUUUGUGUGUAUGCAUGUGGUUGGAAUCUUUCAGCCUAUAAUAACAUUACAAGAAGUCAAUGCGGGUCUGGCGUUAACACCUAAAGAGCAAGUAGUAACAGUGACUUCCCGUCCCGUGCUUGGCAUAACCUUCUCACAGUUUAGGGCUACCGUUACAGGAAGUGUCAAGUGUAUUGGUAAGUUACACGUCAUAGCUGUUGGCUCAUCUUAUACCUGCGGGGGGUCCUGCCUAUUUAUAGAUUUGUGCCGCUGUGAAGGGAAGGGUUUUCAAGCGGCUUUUCCUAGGUUAGGUUAACGAAAUCAGAGGAUUUUGGUUUAGAAUAGGUAUCGUUUAUUAUAGCAAGUUGAUCUGUGGUACAACACAACGUAAGAAGAGUUGUAUUUUCCUUUUCACAAUUAAUCUGGGAUAGGGUAGGGAUUCUUGGUGUCUGACCUAGAAUUGUGUAAGAAGAUUAAACUUGGUCGGGUAUAGAGGUACACUCCCUCCCCAAAAAUUUCGAGUUAAUACCUGACGCUUUCGUUCCUUCUCUAAAACCGUAUCGGAUAGGCCUUCAUUCUGCGAUCCAGUUAUGAUAGCAAAAAAUGAUACUGUCUAUAGUAAGAUAAAAACAAUUGCGGUUUAAACUUUUAGUACUGAAUUAAAACUAAUAGACCUUUCGGGAUAAGCGGACCUGGAGUACUUCCAUUCCCUGGACGAGAAGGUGGCACUUGUGUUGACCAAGCAGAUGGCAUAAUCCUUCUUAUGUCUUAUUCUUAUUUUUUCUUCGUAAUGCUUUGUCGUUUGCAAAGUUUAAUAACUGUUGUCCCCAAAUUCGUCAUUCUUUAUGUUUGUACCGUUUUAUCUAGAAUUCAUUUGAUAUUACAUGGGUUAUGCAACGUAGUCACGUUCACUAUGCAAGACAUGUUUAGCGCGCUCUCCCUCAUGUUCCUUUCUUGUUUCAGGCGGGUCGUGUGCUGGUGUCUCUGUGUCACUUCAAUCAGUGUCUAAUCCAAGUUUACCAAAACUAGACACGAAGGUAUUGAGCUAAAAUACUAUUUUUUUUUACCAAAAAGAUGAAACAAGAUCGCCCCCCCCCCUCCUCCUAACCUGAGAUCAGGCCUAGUUUUAGCGGUCCUCAUACUUUCUCUCUAACGGCUACCGCUAAAAAUUUUCGUUUCGCCUUGCCCGCCGGAAUGUUAAUUACAAAGCGAAACGAAAAUUGAGCCUGAUCUCAGGUUAUGCACCCCCGGCUCCCUCCCUCCAAAAAAAUCCAAGAAUUGCGAUGAUUGAAAGGCGAUGAUUGAACCAGUGGGCUACCUUCCCUUUUAAAUUGUGUUUCAAUUUGGUUCGAAAAAUUAAAUUUCUGAAAUUUUUAGUCAGUUAGACCGAAACAAUCUAUUCAGGUAUGGACUUAAUUUUUGGAUAACUUAAAAUUGAAAUCGGAAUAGUCAAAAUAAAUGGGGUAUCAAAUUUCCGAGAAGACGGAAAAACUGUUCACUUUCAAAAGUGGACUUUCUGAAUUUCAGUUUGAACUUGUCCAUUUAGAAAGGACCGAAAUCUUAAAGUUUGGUUAAGGGAUCGCACCUUCAAAAGCGUUAAUUUUUCUAAGGCCAUUUUACAUCCUUUUUUAUUGCGAACGUUUGCCUCAAAACUCAUAAUCGUCAUUGCCAUUGCAUGCUUUUUUCGCAAAUUUUUAGGUUUCUGGAGGUUCCUUCGUCUUCAAAGAUGUUUUCCCUGGACAUUAUAAAGGUACGAACUACAGCCAUUGUGGGCCUCUAUACCACAAUGUAUUAAUAAGCAACAUUACUGAAAACUAGUGUGUAGUCUUUGUCAUACAUUCAAAAUACAACCACAGAGAUCUGGAUAAACUUAUUUGCUUUUAAAGUUAGGUGUUAUUGGGCCAUUAUUGCGUUUGACGUAGGAGAACGCAUUCUGAUCUGCUGGUUGUACUGGGUUACUUAGCGGUGACACUGCGGUUUUCAUCGUCCUUGCUGUUCGUGUACCACUUCAGUGGCAUCUUGAAGACCAUAUCCUAGUUUCGUUCCCUAAACGAGGGUAGGUGCGAAAUCUUUGACAUCAAAAUUGAAAGGGUUUCUUUUCUCAUUCAAAUACAGUUCGUGUGCAUAUGAAAAAGUUUGCGCGCGGCCUCAUGUUGAAAGUGAUGGUUUCUGGAAAUUGAAAAUGGCCUGUAAUUACGUCGAUAACAACCCAACGCCUCGCGUAAAGUGAAUAUUUGUCCUUCAGGUCACUCUGUCUCCAACUCUGAAUGUCCCGAUCCCACGCUAAAUGCUGAGCUUAGUCAGCCAGUUGCCUUUAGUUAAACUCAAGGAUCAACUCUGCUACGUACAGACCAAAGCACUUCAUAAUCAUUGACUUCUAGUUCUUGAUAAGAACGUUCCAACUCCGAUAUAUAAACGAAUCGAUACGGGACUGAAAAAGUCAUUAGUUAUACGGGUCGACGCUAUAUUGGGGUGUUCGUUAUUUUGGGGUUUGUUGUAGCGGGUUUGUUCGUUGUAAAGGGGUUUUCCGUAUCGAGGUGUUCGAAAUUGCGGGAUCUUGUUAUUUAGGGGUUCGUUAUAUCGGUGCUCCCACUGAGAUAUAGAAAUGUUUGCAGUAAAAAAGAAUUGUUUGAAGAAUUUCUCCUCUACAUUUUUAUGUGAUAAGAGACAUUCUAACAACGGCACUUUUCUUAUCGCAGCAACGGUCCUGGAAGAGUCCUGGUGCUGGCAAAACGAAACUCUAGAGUUCCAAGUCUCAGAAACAGAUACCAGUGAUCUACAGUUCGUCCAGUCAGGAUAUAUACUGAAAUGUAUCCUGUCACACAACAUCACAUUGGUAUGUUAUGCUGUAUAGCUUAAAAUGGCUACAAAGAUUAGCUUAAUGUGAUGCUUGAAGCAUCGCGAGACAGGAAUGAUAUACAGUACUUUCGGAGAUGUGCAAAGAUAACUUUUCUUUGUUUGGGUCUUAGUUCUUCUCGCAGGGAUCUGGUAAGGACAACAAGGACUUCUUCGACCUUCAAAAAGGCACCAAUACAUUUUGUUUGAAAGAACCAGGUAAACACGAUCAUAAUCAUUAUGAAGCUAUUUUGGUUUGAUAUCAAAAUUCAGCCAACAUGAGAUGGCCACGUCUAUUAACACAUCCCUCAACGACGUACCUCUUCUAGUCUCCGGCAAAAGAGGACUUCGUUAAAUGUCAAUGUUGAUUUUAGCUGGCAAGGGCGUGCGAGGGAAAGGCAGUACCUUCAAUUCUCAGUUAAUUUAAGAACCUGAUGGUUGGUCCGGUCGCGAGAAUCGAAGCCGGGAACUCCCGCUCUGCAGGCCGAACUAAUCCUGCCAGGGUCAAAAGGGAAGGAGGCGCCCGUCUUUAUUUUGCCUAUGUAUUUUGUCCAUUGCCCUAUGCAGGCUUGAAAAACAGGGGGUUGGCCUCGUCCAUGGGCCAAUUCGUGGGUGAAUGAAAGAGGCUUGGAGCCGAGCGCACUGUAGCGCAAGUUCCAGGCGAAUUCUUCCGACAAGCUUGACAGGUGACCUCACACCUCACACAUCACACAUCUUAUUGCCCCCCCCCCCCCCCCUCCCUUCCCCCUCCACCUUUCCUCCGUCCCGGGUACCACAUUCUCAUUUUUUCAGUGCUCUGAUGAUAAAUGCAAAAAAAAAAUUAAUUUGAUUUGUUCUCUGACCUUGAUUGGUAGGUGUAUACAAUCUCAUCCCUCGUUCAUGUCACCAGUUUGAUCAAGAAGUAUUUAUCUACAACACGUAAGUCUUGCUUUCUCGUUCAUAUCACCAGUUUGAUCAAGAAGUAUUUAUCUACAACUCGUAGAUCUUGCUUUUUUUGCACGGCCAUUUAGACAACUCAUUAGAGACCUUAAGAUACCCCGAAAUCGGUGAACGGGUAACGGGUAGCGCCAUGUUUUUUUCAUUUUGUGGUGACGUCAUCGACCUUACCCGGUAGAACCAGCCGUUUUUCCGGGGUAGACACCAGUUUACCCGUAGAAGAUUUACGAGUAGCUGCAAGUCCUACAUGAUGGAGAAACGAGUAAGUUUUUAACACUUUUUAAGUACAAAUGUAAAUUGUAUGACUCCUUGGCAAUGUUAUUGCAAGUCUGUUCAAAUAUUUUUGCCAAAUUUGAAUUUUAGCUGUAAAGAAAGCGCUUCAAAAUGUAUUGAUUUUGGACCUCACGUGCGCAGGUUGAACUCUGGCACGAUAUCAAUUUGUGGCGGUAUUUGGGGGAAUUUCUGAGAAUUGCUCGAACGUUUGAGUUUCGCAAAAGAAAUAGCAUUGAAAAAUUUAGCAUGGGAGUCACUGUUGAAGUUGACAAUCAAAGGAAUUGUUUGGUGAUGUGCCUCGAUCAAAUGGCGGGGUUUGCGAUAACAAGCUUUCGGUCGAGGGACUUCCCGCCAAGUUUCUUAAAAUCUUUCUAUGAUAUUUCAAUAAGCUUAUGUAUGAAUGAAUUAUUUGUUGCAGCUUGUUGUUAAGAUAUGAAGUGUAGAAUUUGAGGGAGAUUUUGUAUGCAUUAAGCGACAUGCAUGUACAAAGUUAAUUUUGCGUGCUUGUUCUUCGGGUAUCUUAAUCGAAAUAGUCACGCACAUGAACAUUUUACGUGUACGGGUACACUACCCGUACCCGUACACCGAUAUCGGGGUAUCUUAAGGUCUCCAUUUUUUUGUGGAUAGGUGUGAUAGUUUCUCUAUUCACCUUGAAAGAGGGUUUAAAAAGUUAAAGUUAAGUAUAGUUUUCGUGUGAUUCAUUACCCCUUUGGGUCAGAAGUGGAUACGCAGCAGUUAUUGGGCGAGGCUACGUAACAAAAGCCAAAUCCAAUAAUUAUUAUUUUUUCAAAAUAUUUCCUAGGUCAAGACAUGCUAACCUUUAAGUGCCCGUCUUCAAAAUAUUGCCUUUUCCACGGAAGUUGGCUGUUUCAGGAUGCCAUAAACGAAAAAAGGGAAAAAAAGACAAAUUGUGAUCUCCACUGUUACUUUCCUUUAUCCCGUAUCAAUUAUCGGUACCACUACCUGUAAAGGAUUUUGGUUAACCAAUUUUCUCUUUUUUAGCUCGGCCCCAUCAGUCCUUACACUGACUGCUGUAAAACAUUUGCUGUCUGGAGUUAUCAAGACCCUGACUGAAACAAACGACAUCACAGUUAAUAUCAGGUCAGAUUUAAAAUUACAUAUAUUCAGUCAACUCUCACCUAGCGAUUUUCGCUGGAUGUUCCGCACACCCCAAUAAUACGGACACCAGCUAUAUCAACCUCGUUCCCAUGGUCCUCACCUACUCUUCCGCCGUCCCCUCUCUCGCUCCGGGGGACGAGUAGAAGAUGACCCUGGGAACGAAGUUGCAGCUAAAUCCUUAGCAAAAGUAAGUUUCAGAGGUUUGAAUGACGUGAGAUUGAGUGACCCGCAGCGGUACAAAUUUAUUGGAACCAAAGAAAGUUUUUACAUAUGAAGAAGGUUCAGCUCGCACAGAACUGGUUUAGAACACCAACAUGGCCGCCUUUUCAUUGUUUUGGAACACCAAUAUGGCUGCCUUAUCAUCAUAAUCAUAAUCGUAAUAACGGGGGUGACAACUUUCCUCACUUGCCGCCAAUGGCUGAAUUGCAGAGGAACCAGAGACGUGAGAUCGGACGUCAGCAUGUAAAGGUGCACUAUGCUGCUGCUUCAGUCCAUGUUUGAUAUCAUCUCACCCACCCAGACCAGUAACGGCAGAUACUCCCUACUCUUUUUGAACAAUAUCGCACGUUUCUAUUCCAAUUUUCUAGUUUCUAUUCUAUUCCUUCCAACUGAUAUGUAAGGAUGAAGGAGACAAGGCCAACGGCUUAACGUCACCGCCCAAUGACGCGAUCAUCUGAACUGAGUUGAUGGUCCAGGCGGGGUUUGAGCCCACGGCUUCCCGAUCAGCAGACCAGCACUCUUCCAACUAAGCUAAGGGACAUACAGCCCCAACACCGACGCAAACUCACGUGCUACACCGAUAAGAACCUGACGAACUGACAACGAAGGCGCUAGUGAAAACCUCACCAAAAUACUGACUCGUGUCCUUAUUCGUGUCGCUUAUUCCAACUCGUUCAGUCCUUUUUUAAAAAGUUAGGAAAUUAGGUUUGAGCUGAAAGGAGAAGACUGCGCCCGAGCUCAGAAAGAUACAGUAGAAUUGUUCGCCUUGCCGUUCGCGUUCUAAAGAGAACUUAAAAUUUGGUCAUUUUACGUCAUACUUUUUCAUGAACGGCAAAGAAAUUGGUAGAAAAGCGUGAUGCUCGUGAAGAUUUGUUUUACUCGUCAAACCUACUGCUUUUUUGGCGUCUUCGUUUUCGUCGCACUUGUAGCUCCGCAAGGUCCCUAAUAUGGCAAGUGACGUCACGUAAAAAAUUUCUAUUCGGUGACUGAAAAUGAUUUGUGUGCCACAUAACGUGAAUACUUUGUUAUCAACAGGUCCCUUAAGUCUAAGGAAGUGACAACUAUUAGACCAUUAAAAUUGGAAACACAGAAGCAAGAACAAGGAGGAGAUCCAAUCAAAAGUAAACAGAAAGAUGUGAAACAGGAGCUGCUCUACAACUUUUCACACUGGGGAAGGUAGUUAUUCCAUUUCAUUAUUAAAAUUUUAUUGAUCUGAUUAAUUGUUUAUGGUUUAUGAUGUGUUCUGUGAUUGACUACAACGUUUCAUUAGUUAUGGGUAUAAGUGUGAUGUAAAAGCGUUUUUUUUCAAAAAAUAGUUAGGGCGACGCGUAUGUCUUUGUCCCUACCAAGGGACUCCUCGGAGGCCUUUUAAACUGCUUAGCUCGUUAAACAUCGAGCUAAGAGGUUGUUUUGCCUGAUUAGUGGUCUAAAAAGACCCUGAUGAGUGCUCUAACUGGGACGACGUGCAUGUAUAUUUGGCUAGCUAUGUUAAAAAAAACUAAGUGAUUAGCAUUUUUUUUUAGGCGUGGUGAGGAAUUUGAAGUCACUCCUACCUCGUCUGAGCUUCUGUUUUAUCCUCCAAGUAGAACUGUAACCGUUUCUGGUAAGGGUUGAACUCUUGUGUUUAUUGACAAAUACUGCUUAGUAAGGGUAGGAUUGGCGCAGUGAGGAGAGCAGAUUAACAAAACAAGAUGCUGCCAUAGCGUAUACAUGGGCUUUCCUUUGGGAUUAGAGCCUUCGUUCAGUUUAGAGAAAAUGCUUGAAGAUAUACGCUUACAACCAUAGGUGCACAGCGCUCCCCGUUCAGUACUCGACAAUAAGAUAUAGAAAGUAUUUGCACAGGAAGCCAAAGUUAUAAGAUGAUGUUUUCUCAUGUCUGUUUUUGUUGUCCUUAGAUGAUUGUCCAGCAGCAUGGGCCGAGUUUGAAGGUCGCCAGGGAGUGUUUAUUGAAGGACAAGUCACCCCACCCCUGAGCGGUGUUGAAAUUGUUAUUUCAUCAGCAGGCGACAGAGCUAUGUCGGACAUAAAAGUUCAAACGGAUAAUAAAGGGAAAUAUAGGUUGGUGCCUCAUUUUAUGAGUGCCCAGUAAACAAAAAUCGAUAUAAUUUUCACAAGGAAAUGACCAAUAAUUGAGUGAUAAGCUGAAAAACCUCGAAGUUUUUCUUUUAACUCAAUGCUCAAAGUUUUUAUCCGUAAACUCAAGAAAAAACUAAGUUAUGUAGCGUAAUAUGCAGUACCACAGGAAAGUACUGCUCAGUAGCUUUCAUCUGAUUGAUCACACCUAAGUACCGUAAAAUUUCGAAAGUAAACCCUGGGGCUUAUAUUUUUCAAAGGCCCUUUUUGAAGGGCUUAUAUUCAGAGAGGCUUAUGUACGGAGGGAGAUUUGUGCUUCAAAAUCGAUUGGGCUAGCUUGUAGUGGGAAGGAAAUUUACCAUUUUUGCUUUGUUUUUACUUUGUAUUCGAGUGCAAAUUCCAAGUACAAGCCCCCCAGGGGGCUUAUAUUCGGAGGGGCGAUUUAACGGUGGGUUUUUGCGUUACGAAUUUGGGGGCCUUAUAUUUGGAAGGGCUUAUACAUUGAGGGGCUUAUUUUCGGAAUUUUACGGUAUUUCAUCCACAGACUCAAAAGUUAGUGCCAUCUUGCACAGCAUUAUAAACAGAACAACAAUAAAGUAGUUUUAAGUCGCUUUCAUUUGAACAGUCACGCUGAAAGAUUUUAGUUUAAAGCACCAUCAAUUGUAUGAUCACACUUUAUAAUAAGGGUUCGAUCCAUGUAGUCAAAUAUUAGAGCCAAAUGUUUUAUACUGUGUCUUCGUAGUGUUUCCCUUAGAUUAUUGUUUAUGUUAUUUUAUUUUUUGGCAGAGUGGGUCCCCUUCAUGGUGGCAUUGAGUAUUCUUUGGUAAGGGAAUAGUUAUCACUAUAAUGUAAAUGUACAGUCAAUUGUCGUUUUGUGGACACCUUGCUUUUAUUCAACACCCCAAUAGGAUGGACUUGAGCUAAGUAGAAGCGUUUGGCUGAAGUAAACUACUUUUAUUGCUUUUUCAACGAUUGGACCUUACAAAGCACUCGGACUCAAAAUGUUAGCUGUCGGAUGUUUUUGUUUUGUUGUUGUUGUUGUUGUUGUUGUUGUUGUUGUUAAUAAAUUGACGUGGAAAAUGUGAAUUUUUACAAUAACUGAGUUAUUUCUCGCGUGCUUACUGGCUAAAUUUUUUAUCAUCAAUAAGAGGACAGACAAGUAAAAUUUCAAUUUGUGCAACACGAUCAUUUGCAGAACAUGAAUGCUUUUGGCUUAGUUUCGUACGUAGAUGAUUCAUUUUCUGACUAUCGUGAGAAAUAGCUAGAUCGCUCUGAUGCAAGACUUGCAUCCUGUUUGGAAUAUUGAUAAAAAGCUCAAGUAGCUCAGUGGUGUGGUAUCUGGUUUAGUAACCAGAAGAUCAUUGCAGGUUCGACUGUUGGGAGAACUCUGAUUUUUCUUCAUUUAUUUAGUUAUUUAUUAUCGGGUUACCUAUAUCUGUGACUAAAGAGACACAAUUCUCAUGUUUUGAUGUUUUAGACCGCAAGUAAAGUAGGAUAUGCUCUGAGUCCCCUGACCGAGAAAAAAGGAGAUUUUCAAGCCUUAAAACUGGGAAGAAUUGACAUACAGGUAAGAAGAGGACCAAGUGCUAGGGCACGCGACGCUAAAGAAGUUACAAUCGGUGACAUGAGUAGUUGAGAAUUUGUCGACAACGACAUUUCUUACGUUUUAUGAACAACACCAUCUACUUCACGGGAAAAAAAAAAAUAGCAAGCGUUCCUUUUUCCCACUCCUCCUGUACAAUAUUGUGCCACAGUUCAAACAAGCUUGCUUUGUUUGGGGUGAGGUUUAAACAUUGCUUUUUUUUUUUUCGAAAUAAACCCUAUUUGACCGCGACACAAUUAUGUCGACGAUUGUUGUUUGUUUUGUUUGUUUUAUUUUUAUUUUUGGUGUUUCCUGAACAAAACUUACGCUCUCAAAGCAGAGAAAGAUGACAACUCAGAAAUGCAAAUCACGGUUUUAUUUAAGAUCAAGACCAUUUUUUAGUUGUUGAAUAAUUUCUUUAUUCUGAUGACCUUAACGUGUGAUUUAGUAACAUUUAAUUGGAUACUGGUUGCUCUUAGAGAUUAACCGCUUAAUAGAGUUCAUAUUUACAGUUUUUAGUUAAUCGGACAACGUUCGGGUACUUUUUCAAUUGAACGCUUUCUUCACUUUAUUCACCACAGGUUACAGAUGAGAAUGAUCAGCCCUUACCAGCAGUCCUAUUGUCUCUGAGUGCCAGUCAGUUCCGAAGUAACAAUUUUUCAUUGGAAAAUGGUACCAUGGUUUUUGCUAACUUGGUGGGUUUGUCACGUUGUAUCUUGCUCAAACUGCUGCGUUUUAAUGGUUCUUUCAGUUUCCGAAACGUUCUUAAAUUUUGUGCAUCAUGUGUUGUCUUUCUAGGGUCCUGGCCAGUAUUUUUUCCGACCGAUGCUGAAAGAGUAUAUCUUCUCACCUGCUUCACAGGUUUGUUUACUUUUUUGCCGGUGUACAAUAUUCAUAAAAAUAACAUUUUUUGCAAAAGGUCUGCCAAGGAGUUUUUGUUUGAAUGGAAACGAAACGGAUUUAAAAGUUGGAGCCAUAACUUGAACUAAGGAUGAAACUGUAGUAAGGAAUAAUGUUUAAAGAAAUACCUGGAACUGUGUCAACCAAUUUAGCCACAUUCAGUCAUUGAUUACUGGCCACAAAGGGCCUAAAAUAAUACAGUGAAAGAACAUUAUGACAUAGCAAAUACAGAAGAGAACACGGAUGGAAAACGUUGAAGAACAAUACCUCGAUAUAAUUAUUGUUUUGGUUCAUUUUUAUUUGUUUUUUUUGAAAAUUCCUUUAAUCCAGGUGUUCGAUUUAACCAUCCCUCGAUACUGCGAAAAAAUUUCCCCUGUCCCUUGGCACUUCGUUAAAUCGAGGUUCCACUGUAUUUCCCUCUGCCUUAGGAUCAGGUAUGAAUUUUAUUGACUCGAAACUGGCCAGUUUUAAGAACCAUUAAACGUGUAGGUCUCUCUUAUGUUGUGCUCUUCUGUUAGGUGAUUGAUGUGGGUGAAGGUUCCACCGUUCAGCUGCAAGUGAAAGGAAAGCGCGUCGCCUUUAGGUAAGCUAUUGGAAUACGAAAUGUUGGUGAAAGAAAAUCGGGCUGUUGAACUGUUAGUUUCGGGCACACAAAUAGACCCAACCCAUACUCACCUUUAACCGCUUCAACAAGCUUUAUAAUUUAUUUCUGAGGUAAGGUAAAGACGCACACGAGCCAUGGGCCCACACAGCCGGAGCUUAUCCCGGUUUCAUUAGCAUGAAGCAUGCCCAGGAGUAUUGCUACUCUUCCUGGACGGGAUGCUAGUCCAUCGCAGGUUUACCCACCAGCAGUAUGUCGCCGGUACCCAUUUAUACACCUGGGUGAAGAGAGACAAAGUGGAGUUAAGUUCCUUGUCCAAGGAAACAACGCGACGGGCGGGUCUUGAACCCCUGACCUCCAGAUCCGGAGUUCGAGGUCUUAACCACUUGGCCACACACGCCUUCUUAAGCUUUAAAAUAACCCCCCUUUAAAGUAAUUCAAGCAUUUGCGUCAAAUGUUGGUAAAAACCCCCACUUUAUUUAAGUGUCAGUGAUAGUAGCACAAAAGUACUAAGAAGACACUGACUUUGUGUCUACUGGAAACGGGACCGCCAUUUCUACGUGGCUAUCCGAGCCACGAGAAGGUCUAGCAGUUUACACCGUUUUUGUGAGUGUUGUACCGGCCUCGGACGUCGAACCCGUGACGUCACUCUAUGCAGUCCGGCCUUGCCGCGGUCUCUGAUCCUUCAGGAUGUGAAAUGACUUUUUUACUAACAUCGUGACUGUCAUUUUCUCCUCUUAGCUGCUUUGGUUUUGUGUCAUCGCUAAACGGCGAGCCGGAAAAAGGCAUUGCUGUCGAGGUUUGUUGAUGUUUUAACAAUUUUGUCAGUAAAAACAAGACUUUUUUUUUAAUGCAUUUUUUUUGCGUUUUGUUUUCUUGUAUUAACAAGGCCAUUGGACUGGAAAGCUGUGAAUCCUUUCAAGAAGAAACAGUUUCAGAUGACGAGGGACAAUAUCGGUUACGAGGCCUUCAGGUCAGUUCAGUCAAAAUGAUUGAACUUUUUUUUUUUAAUAGUCUGUUAGCGCAAUUCAGCUAAGCACCUCCCCUUACUCGCCUCUUCCUGAAAGGAAGACCGAGUGUUUACUUCAACAAUUAACUGAAAUGGUUUUAUUAUUAUUAUUAUUAUUUAUUAUUAUUAUUAUUAUUAUUAUCAUUAUUAUUAUUAUUUAUUAUCAUUAUUAUUAUUAUUAUCAUCAUUGUCAAUGUUAUCAAUGAAUUUAAAUGCAAUUUAAAGGAUUUAACAACUAAGAGCGCCUGGGUGCCUAGGUCAGCGGUCUUUGGCAUGCGCAUGCCCGGUGGCUGACUACAUCGAUCAUGUGAUUCCUUGGCGCGUUCAGUUUUCCCUUCGUGCUGGGUUCUGUCGCCCAUUUUCUUCCCCUCCCGCCCUCCCACUAGGCUUGUUGGGUUUUCCUCCACUGAUGUUUGUCAGUGUGACGGGUGCCUGUUCCUUUCCUUUGGUGUGGGGGCUCAUGGCUGGGUUGCGCUGUUGUGCCAGUCAUGGGGGCAUUAUUUCAAUCUAGGGGCUGGCUGCCAAUAGUGGAAGCCCCUGGAUACUUCAGGCACCCAACCUCCAUUUUAGCGAUGCAGUUGUUAAUUAUCAUUAUCAUUAUCAUUUAUUUUUUGUCAUUUGUCAUUUAUUUAUUUGUCCUUUCUCAGACUAAUUUCAAAAUAAUCAUAGAAUAAUUAUACCUUGGCAGGAGCUCUCAACAAACCCAUAAAUUAAGUACGAUUAAAUGAAACGUUUUCAGGUCCUUAUGUUAUUAGUUUUAGUUAUUGCGCAUUGUUACUUUCUGGUAAAGGCGUAGGACGACAAUAAUUUUUGAAAUUUCCGUUAUAUCAAAUUAAUCACGUUAUACUGUCAUGCUAUAUUUUGGGGGUAGAGGGAUUGGGAAAAAAUGCCCCAGUUAAAUAUAGUGCCAAUCGUUUCUUGUUUCAAAAGGCUAACGUGCCUAUUUUUAUCCAUCGUGAUAGAAGUUACUAUACAUCCCCGACUUAAACUAAUAUCUUGAAAACAGACUUGCAACGUAAACCCCAUUGUUGCCUGGAGUAUAUGUUUUAGUCACUGCCCUUACAUUUAUGUUGUCUUUUGUCACUACUCAUGAACGUUCAAGACUAAUUUAACCUAGACGAUCACACAUCUUUGAAUGACAUUAUAGACAAUUUCUCUCUAUCCCAUUCCGCGGAAUAGGAGUAGCUAUACACUCGAGCUGGAAAAAAGUGUACUUAUAAUCUAUACUUGCCAAAAUUUUAAACUUCUGCAUCGCCUAGUCGGCAGCCUAGUAAACCCCCAUUAUGGAGGUCUUGUUAUCACGUCAUGGCGAAAUUGCUUCUCAAAAUUUAAGGUAAAAGACAGAGAUUCAUUUUCUCGCACCCAGUGACAGUUUCAGUCGUUCACGCGAACCUGGUUUUAGAUGUCACUAUCUUACUUUUUUCAGCCUGGCUGCAUCUAUAGAGUCCGAGUGAAGACUGGGGAUAGUAAUCCACAUAUUGAACGCGCCUCGCCGUCGUUUAUCGACAUACAGGUAAUGGGUGUUUGUACGGCAUACCGAUAAGUAACACGCUUAAGUGCUGUUCAGUACCUUUCAUUUCAAAGGUCACACUUAAUAGUAACCUUGUACAGCGUUAUAAACUAUAUUGAACUACUCUAUUGUUUUCAAUUCAUUGAUCAGAAGAACUGGAUGACCCACGUGUUACUUUGCUUUUAUAGGAUACGUUCGAUUAUUUUAGACAAAUCUCUUCGCCCGGCAAUUUUUUGUAUUAUUGGAUUGUUGUAUUCAUCUUCAUUUAUUUCCAUGAGUCUUUAGAUUUUUCCCGGCAAAAAAAGCCGAAGCAAGGGCUUUUUAGUAUUUAUUCCGUGCAUUCUUAUUCUGAAAUACGAUCAAUCGAACGGGUCCUUAAAUCUGUUAAUUAAUCAUGCCUCUGCUUUUCUAACUAAUGCGUAGCCUGAGAAAAUAGCCGACAUUUCGCGACGCCACCACUCCACCACUGGUUUCGCCGCGAAAUGACGUCUGAGAAACGAGCCCAGAAAUUCCAUACUGAAGACGUAUCACUACCCAGAUCUGGGUAUUGCUUUUGAUUUGUUGAAACAAAUUUCCCACGUGGCACGACCAAUUAGGAGCUUUAGUCAGAUCUGGGUAGUAACACGUCAUCAGUAUGAAAUUUCUACGCUCGUUUCUCAGAUGUCAUUUCGCGGGAAAACCAGUUAUGGCGCCGCGAAAUGUCGCUUGUGUAUUAAGGCUAACUAAUGCGUGAAACUUCAAUUUGUUUGGCAGGUGUCUGCGUCCGACUUGAGAAAUGUAAACAUGAUCGCCUUUCGUCACGUCAAUCAAUUUGAGAUCACAGGAAAUGUUGUUACUGACAGGCAAUUUCUUUCAACACUAAAGGUAGGUCGGCCUAACCCUGAUUUCCUUGUACAGUAAAACCUCUUUUCAGGGGACACCCUUGGAAUCAAGGGAAGUGUCCCGUGAAUGGAGGAUAAGCUGGGGUUUGUUAAUAAUUAACCAACAUUUAAAGUAUUUUUCUUUUAUUCUGCCUCGGAAUCUGCUGCAGUCGUUUUUUCAUGCAGCUAGAUAAUGUGUAAAAAAUCAUGAUAAACUCAACUCUGCGAUUGUGGUUCACGGUUAAGCGAAUGCUCAUUAAUUAAAUUACUAUUUCCCAAUUUGUUAUUAAUUCUAUCGGUUAAUAAUCCCACUCACAUGUAUCUCAGCGAUCUCAGAGUGUAUUUCACAUUAUUUCAGAGUAACCUGAAGUAGGAUGGAGGAGAACUAAAGUCGCAGACAAAACUGGUGGAUCAUGCCAACGCUACCAACGUUGAAUAUAUUAUUUAUUUAUUUAAGUUGAUCAAGUGCAAGUGACUGCCAGGAUUGCAGAUUGGUUCUUUGACAACAUUAUGACAUGAUCAUAUUGCUUGCAUAGACGAUACAGCAUGUCCCGGCAGAAAAACAGCCUUUUGAUAGAUGAGCAUGCGCUGAACCGUGAACCUGUUCCUUUAAAUUCCAACAAGCGCAGUACACUAGUUUAUGUUCUGAAUGCUGUAGGUCAUUGUUACUGGUGAACGCUCAAACUUAUCGACGCUUUUUGUGGUCAGUCACUUUUGAGUGCUAAGGUGUCCUCUGAAUGGAGGUUAAACCCGGCUUUCUUGAGCCAGAGAAGGUCUCCCUUUCCUCUGUCCCUUUAAUAGAGGUAACACUAGAUAAUAACCUGUCAAUUAUACACGCCAUCUAUAUGAAGAUGAAUUGACAGCCGCCAAAGCCGAGUAUCUUUUUUUUUUUGGCAAAAUUUUAGUUACUACCCCUGACAUUGAUAACAGAGAAAUAGCUAAAGCAAGCGGAAGUAAAAAAACAAAGGAGACGAAUUUCGGGGGAAGAAAAACAUGAAAAUUUUAUAUCGACGGUGAGAAAAUGAGAAAUGCUAACAGCCACCAAGGUGAAAAUGAGCGGCAGUGAAAAGAACAAAGUGAGCGGGAAGACAUACAACAUGUCCUUCACAAAACUUGUAACUAGGAAGUGUCACGUUGUACUCAUGAAAAAACAACGUCGAAGAAAUGUACAGAAAAGUGUGCUACACGUGCAAAGUUCUUUUUUUUUUUUCGUCGCUGUCGCCGUUCUGCAUUACACGAUUAUAUUUUAAUUUGUUUGAGUAAACUAUAAGUAUAUUAAAGUGAGCUUUACUUUUAGCCCUGGCUGAAUCUAUAUGUUAGCAUAUUAGCACCUGGGUCCACGUGACAUGAGAAAGCUUUCAUGUCUCCCCCUACUAACUAUCUGGAAACUGUAAUCCCCCCCUCAAGGAAGCACCUCAAACUUUUCUCCCCCACCCCUUCACAUGAUUAUAAGGAUAAAUAAUGAACACUCCCUAAUGAACUCCCACUAUUGCGGGCAACAAAGGAAAGAGGGAAAUCCCGGAUGGCGGUACUAGACCACAUAUUUGUUUUCCUUAGGUUACUCUUUCCCCAGAAAACAACCCGGAUACCCCGGUGUUCACCACACCCGUGGGUGUGUCCAGUUAUUUCCAGUUCCCCCCUAUACCAAAUGACGGCGUGGUUUACAUUGUUCGCUUGGUUUCGUCUCUGUCAACCGUGAACUACCAGUACACUCGGCCCGAGUCCACUGUCACUGCUACAGGAGUCCGCGCCCAUGUUCCGUUUAACUUCGAGCCCCAGGUAAGAUAGUUCACUGAUCAUUAUACGUUUCUGGGAAACUGCGCACCUACCCCUCUCCUAAGCCAACAUUAGCACUUACUUCUCACUUAGGGAAAAAUGGAGGCUUAGGGGAGGGGUAGGUGGGCAGUUUCCCAGAUAUGUAUAAUGAUCCCUUCAAAAAAUACCAUAUUACUCUUGAAAAAGUGCACUCUGAAUGUAUUUAGCACGAAAGUUGUAUUUGGGGGCACUAUGGGUACUUUCCAUUCAACAAAAAUUCCGGUUUGAAAUUUCGGAAAUUCAACUUGCCCAAUGGAGCUGUACAUUCCGGUUGCACAGACCCGACCCAAGCCACCGCGCGUUUGGUUAUUGUUCUUGUAAGCAGGAUACAAAAGAGCGGUACCGUGAAAUACAAUUUGGUCAAAUGGAAAGGGACAUUUCGGUCCGACCGACCGACCGAGAUAACGGGACCAGUCAAAGUGCAUCACCUUCAAUGCUGGUCUCGAAUAUUCCGGUCGGACCAAACUGAAAUGGUCUGUUCCAUCUGAUGUACCAACCAAAAUUUCCGGAAUUUUGAGUUGAAGGGAAAGCGCCCUGUUUUUCCUUCUCCAACUGAAGAUUGGACCGCCAUUUUACGGGUCCUCCAAGCCACGUGAAGGUCUAGCCGCUUGCAGUGCAAAGGGAGUACCUUCAUUUCCGAGUUAUUUCAAGACCGUGAGUGUUGGUCCGGCCCCGGGAAUCGAGCCGGCAACCUCCCGCUCAGCAGUCAAGCGCUCUACCGACUGAGCUAAUCUAGCUGCGGUUAAUUGUUCGAGUUCGGCCUUGUUUGGACGUACUUAUUCAAGUGGUAUUUGUUAAAAUGGUACAAUGUAAUCUGAGGUACACGUAGGUAGCUUGCCUUUAUUGGUAGUGUUCUCGUUGACGAUUGCUACCAGUGAUAUGGUCAAGUUAGAUUUUGACUCUUUUGGAAUUAAAAAAAGUUUCUAAAUUUGAUCCUUUUUUUUUUUCCUCAGCCACGUAAAGCUGAACCGGAACCCUCCCAAGGAUCUUUCCUCACCUUACCCCUGCUUGUCGUUCUCAUUUUACUGGUGGUGAAUCAAAAUAAGGUAUGACAUUAUUGACGUAUGCUCCGAUUCUAUCUUUUACCAAUCCCCCGGUCACACUGCCAAAGAUUUCCCUUUCUUCCUUCUUCUUCCCUUUUAUUAUUAUUAUUAUUAUUAUUAUUAUUAUUUUAUUUUAUUUUUCUCACUUUGGGGUGUAUCGCCGAUUCAAACGCAUCUGUUUUAGAUUUCGAAACAUCCAUAAAAGUUCGCAGACUUGUCCACGCAGCCAGGCGACAUGUUUUUAGAAGUGAUUUUACUUUGAAACACUACACACUGAACAGUUAUGUUUUUUAUUUCCCCAUCCCCCUACCCCCGAGACAAGAACACGUGAAGCAAUUCCAUUCCCCCCCUGUCACAGUGGCAGCACGUUGUUCUGGGGAUUACCUUAGGGGGAAUGGUAACAAGUAAUAUUGAUCUAUACAUAACCAUAUUUUUUUAAAAAAAUAGCUUUUUAAUGUAAAACGUCACUGCUGUGGAUGGAGUAUAAGAUUCUGGGAAACUCCCCACUGUACCUACUCCUCCCCUAAACCAAUAUUAUCACUAACUUUUCACUUACGGAAAAAUGUUGGUUAGGGGAGGGGCUAGUAGACACCUUCCCAGAAUUUUGUAUUGAUCCAUUACUAUAAACUUAUCAUUUAAUGAGAUCAAGUUCGCCAUAUAGAACUCUGAGCUAUGGCUUAAGAUGAAAAGGUUUGGAUGCGUGAACCACCACACCAAUAGAGAUUAGUGGGGACCAUCAUGUCGUAAAACUAGGUUCAUGAUGGAUUGAUAGUCCUGCAUUUUUUUUGCAUCAAGAUGUCGAUAAGUAGUUAAUAAUGGUAAUAGGACCUAGUGAGGCUUAGUUUGGUCCGUAACCCUACUAGGAAUUAAGUUAAUUUAGUUGAUACCAAGCGGACAAAAUUCGUGGCAAGCUACUUAUUACGUUUAUGAAUCGAUAGUUUUAUCGAAAACAUACCGAAGAAAACUUGGUACCAAAUUGGAGGUCAAACAUCAGCAGACAUGCUGCGUAUAAUUUGAUAUCUGUAAUACCGCAUAUCACGUGAUUGUAUCAUUGUUAUUUCAGGUCAUUCCUGUUCUUCAGCAAGUACCCCAGAUGAUACAAGGAGUUUCUGCUGAUCAAAUGCAGGCUCAACUUGAGGACCCUCUAAGAAACAAGAAGAAAACUCAACCAACACGAACGAGAUAG